CUUUUCAUUUUCUUUUUCUCUCUUCCUCUUUUUCUCUCUCUCCCUCCCUCUCUCUCUCUCUCUCAUCUCCUCCCUAAUUGUUUUAGGUAGAGAGACUAAGAGGGAUAUGAGCUAACCCCUCAUUCCUCUUAAACGGCGUAAGAGGGAACCUUUCCCCCAAAACGCCGUUUACUUUCAACGUAAAAUCACCAUUAAGUCACGUGCGUUUACUCUUUUCCGUUUUACUUUUUUUCGUUAUUUAUGCUCAUGGCCUUGGAGCAGCAGGUGAGCCUGAACCCCGUUGACGGCGAAACUAACGGCGUUGACGCCCGCCACCCCACGUCAGCGGAGACCGGAGAUGACGCCAGCAAGGCGCCGAGGCUGCCACGCUGGACGCGGCAGGAGAUUCUCGUCCUCAUAAACGGGAAGAGGUACGCCGAGAGCCGGGGCGGGGGGCGGACCCCGAGGUCGGACUUCGGGUCGGGUCAGGCGGAGCCGAAAUGGGCCGCGGUCUCGACGUACUGCAAGAAGCACGGGGUGAACCGGGGACCGGUCCAGUGCCGGAAGCGGUGGAGCAAUUUGGCGGGGGACUUCAAGAAGAUCAGGGAGUGGGAGGUGCAGAGGAAGGACGAAACGGAGUCGUUUUGGGUGAUGAGGAACGACCUGAGGAGAGAGAGGAAGUUGCCGGGGUUUUUCGAUAAGGAGGUUUAUGAUAUAAUGGAGGCGGUUCCGGGUGCUCCGAUUUCACACGCUCUACCGGGUCCGACCCGGGUGGAGUCCGAGGAUGUGAAGGAGGAGGGGAUGACUGAGGAGGCUGAGAACUUGUUUGAUAGUAUACAGAGGCCCACGGAGGACGGGUUGUUUUCCGACGAUGAGUCGGGCCGGAGUCCUGAGAAGGAAGUCCGGUUCAAGGAGGGUCCGGGGAGUACCACAGUGAUUUCAGGCCCUUUGCCAAUAUCAGAGAAGCAGUACAAACCAAUACCUCAAGGAUGCGAAGGACAAGGUGCAGCAGACCAAAAACAGCCAGCUUCAAUACCUGAGAUUGGAUCUACUUCUCAAGACCGGAAGCGGAAACGUUUUACAAUAGAUGUAGACGAGGAAACAUCCAAUCUGCAGAAUCAGUUGAUUGAUGUCAUGGAAAGGAAUGGCAAAGUGCUGUCUGACUAUCUCCAUGCUCAGAAUUCCCAUUCGCAACUCGAUCGGGAGCAGAGGAAGGAGCAUUCUGAUAACUUAAUUGCUGUUCUUAAUAAGCUUGCAGAUGCUUUUAUGAGAAUCGCUGAGAAAUUGUAGCAGACGAGCAACAACAAAUCAGUGUACAUAGAGAAGUCAUCUUCAAGACCCAUAGAUGUUAGCAGAGGCUGAGAAUUGGUGGAUUAAAUUUGAUCAUUCAUAUCGUGGGAUGACAGAAUUCAGUAGGGCAUUUACAAAUCACACCUGUUAUUCCACUUUUUUAAAAAUUUUAAUUUUCUUCUAUUUGUCUUUUUGGUGUAUGCCACCCUUGUGGCAUAUUGCCCCAUUAUAUUUGUAGAGUCUAUACACAGAUAAGGUUUAGAAAUUUCAAAGAGUUAGCACAUUUCUGCUGCUUUUCUUUCAUAUAUGCCCAGCUCACAUGGAAUUUUCAUGGUAGAAUGUCUUUGUGACUGUACAGACUCUUGAUAUCAAUAAGAAGCAUACUUUGUUAUUUGUGA